AUGUACAACGAAGCAGCCAAUAAACGGACGAAGGUUUCUAAGUCGUCGUUGUCUGGGAUAUGGUCGCUGCCAGACGAGGUAGCGUUGAACAUCCUGGCGCAGGAGGCAUAUUUUUACGUAUGCUUGCGCUUCGUUCAUGACUCAAACCCACACUGGUUCAUCCUCAACACCACGCAGCGUCUGUUGUACCCUAUCCCAUCAAACCCUAAUCCGGCUCCGGAAUCAUCAUCCUCUUACGUGGUGGUGAGUGGGGGCAUCUAUGUACUCGGUGGUCUCAUAAACGGCGAACGCUCUUCGGAUGUCUGGUUCCUUGACUGUUCCUCUCACAAGUGGAGCCGCGUCGCGUCCAUGAAGAUGCCUCGUGCUUCCGCAGAGGCCAAACUUUUAGACGGGAAGAUUCACGUGUCUGGAGGGUGCGCAGAGGGCGAUAAUUCCUCAAACUCAACAGAGGUUCUCGAUCUAGACACCCAAACUUGGGCUGACUAUAUUGUCCCCAACCUGCCAUACAUAUUCCACCCACGUUUGGGCCUCAUCAGUAAGCUUCUCGCUAAUCUUCUCGCUGUAGAUUCGAACCCAGGGAACAGAAACAAUUUGUGUUCUAUAGGGAAGCUCUUAUACUGUUGUGGUAGUGGCGGGAGAGUACUGUGGAGUGACCGAGAAGAGAUUUACUGGAAAGAAGUCAAGGGACUUGACUUGGGAUAUCUGCUACAACCGUCGAGACAAACCCUCUCUAUUGUUAAUCCAUGCACCCUCAUGCGCUCUAAGGAGCCGUGUUAUGAUAUCUGCAUGCUCAGCAGCAACUCUGCUGGCAACAUUCUCAUCUUCUGGAAGGAUAUUGAGUGUUUUGAGCUUUGGUCUGCCGAGAUUUCCAUUAAGAAACGACAGGGACCCUGUUGGUGA